GGCAGGACGACGCGGCGGCCAGCGCUCAGCGAGCGCCCCGGUCCUCUCCGGAGCCCAACCACUCUGCCCCACUCGCCGCGCGCCUCCGGGCGCCCCGCAGACCCGCCAGAUGGCGCCAAGGAGGAACGGGCAGAGCCGGCGCCUGCUGCCGCUGCUCUUGGUCUCCGCGCUUCUCCCCGCUGUCACCCAGACCCGCGUCCCUACAGAGUCGGUCUCCCAGGGCCAUCUGGACCUCACAGAGCUCAUCGGUGUCCCGCUGCCCUCGUCCGUGUCCUUUGUCACAGGCUAUGGUGGCUUCCCAGCCUACAGCUUCGGGCCUGGUGCCAAUGUGGGCCGCCCGGCCAGGACUCUCAUCCCCUCCACCUUCUUCAGGGACUUCGCCAUCAGUGUCACAGUGAAGCCUGCCAGCACCCAGGGGGGCGUGCUCUUUGCUAUUACUGAUGCCUUCCAGAAGAUCAUCUACCUGGGCCUGCGGCUCUCGGGUGUGGAGGACGGCCACCAGCGAGUCAUCCUCUACUACACAGAGCCCGGCUCCCAGGUGUCCCACGAGGCUGCCGCCUUCUCCUUGCCCGUAAUGACCCACAGGUGGAACCGCUUUGCCGUGAUCGUCCAGGGUGAAGACGUGACCCUCUUCAUGGACUGCGAGGAGCACAGCCACAUCCUCUUCCAGCGGUCCCCCCAGGCCCUGGCUUUUGAGCCCAGUGCAGGAAUCUUCGUGGGCAAUGCUGGAGCCACGGGGCUGGAGAGAUUCAUUGGCUCCAUCCAGCAGCUCACCAUCCACCCAGACCCCAGGACUCCUGAGGAGCUGUGUGAGGCUGAAGAGUCCUCGGCUUCAGGAGAGACCAGCGGGCUGCAGGAGCCAGACGAAGUAGCUGAGAUCCUCGAAGCCAUCACCUACACUCAGGCCCCGUCUAAAGAAGCAGAAGUUGCACCUAUAAGCACACCCCCAGCUCCAUCCUUGCUCUCUGGGGACACAGAGCUUUCUGGUGAACCUGUACCUGAGGGAACCCCAGAGACCACCAACUUAAGCAUCGCCCAGCUCAACAGCCCUGAACAAGGUUCUGGAGAGAUCCUGAAUGACACACUGGACGGGGUGCAUACUGUGGAUGGCGACUCAGUUACUGACGUUGGCUCAGGGUCCGGGGCCCUCCUUAAUGUCACUGAAGACAAGGAGUUAGCAGCAUCAGCAGCAGGGGAGGCCGAGGUGCCCGUCAGCACCACUGAGGAAGCGGAGGCCAACAGUGUGCCCGCCAGGGGACCGACUCUGUCUCUGUCCACCCAGAGCCCUGAGGAAGCGACCACCAUGGGUCCCGAUAACGAAGAAGGUUUAGCAAUAACAGCAGCAGGGGAAGCCGAGGUGCCCGUCACCCCUGCUGAGGAAGAAGAGGCUGGCAGUGGAUUCACGGAGGGGCCAGCCCUCGCCUUGUUCACCCAGAACCCCGAAGAAGAAUCCACUCUAGAUCCGAAUGGUGAAGAAAGUUUAGCAACAUCUGCAGCUCCAUCAGAUGUGUCCCUCAGCAACUUGCAGGAGGAAGAGAGCAGCGGGGUCCCCACAGAUGGCCUGGCUUUCCUCACACCCACAGGGGCCCCUGUGCAAGAAGUCACUUCUGUAUCUGGUGAUGAAGAGUUGACAGCAGCCACAACAGAGGGGCUCCUGACCUCAGGUGGGGGUGAAGAGCCCAGCAGUGCCCCCCCAGAGGGCCCACCGCUUCCCAUACCCACGGCAGCACCCGAGAGAGUGGUCACUCUGGCUCAAAGUGUACACAUGGGGAUGAAAGGACAGGCUGGGCCCAAAGGAGAAAAGGAGACUGAGGGCUCUGGCCUGGGCUGGGGCUCGGACAUUGGCUCUGGCUCUGGUGACCUGGUGGGCAGUGAGGACCUGUUGAGAGGUCCCCCAGGUCCUCCAGGUCCACCUGGCUCCCCUGGGAUUCCAGGAAAACCAGGAACUGAUGUUGUCAUGGGACCCCCUGGGUCUCCUGGAGAGGAUGGAGCUACUGGUGAACCCGGGCCCCCGGGCCCUGAGGGACAGCCUGGAGCUGAUGGAGCCUCUGGCCUUCCUGGGAUGAAAGGGGAGAAGGGAGCAAGAGGACCCAAUGGCUCAGUUGGUGAAAAGGGUGACCCUGGCAACAGAGGCUUACCAGGACCACCAGGGAAAAACGGACAAGUGGGCACUCCUGGAGUCAUGGGACCUCCAGGGCCUCCCGGACCUCCUGGACCUCCAGGCCCUGGCUGUACAGAGGGGCUUGAAUUUGAGGAUAACGAAGGCUCCGGAGGUAUCAGGCUGUUGCAUGAACCCAGAAUCUCCGGACCGACAGCUGCAAGUGGUCCCAAAGGAGAAAAAGGAGACCAGGGGGCCAAGGGUGAUAGGGGGAUGGACGGAGAAAGCAUUGUGGGACCUCCUGGGCCCCGAGGACCACCUGGGCGCAUUGAGGUCUUGUCUAGUUCUUUGAUCAACGUCACCCAGGGAUUCAUGAAUUUCUCGGACAUCCCUGAGCUCGUGGGUCCUCCGGGGCCGGAUGGUAUACCUGGGCUGCCAGGGUUUCCAGGCCCUAGAGGACCAAAAGGUGACACUGGUGUGCCUGGAUUUCCGGGACUGAAAGGAGAACAGGGUGAGAAGGGAGAGCCGGGCGCCAUCCUGACAGGGGACGUCCCUCUGGAAGGACUGAAGGGAGAAAAGGGUGAACCCGGAAUGCAUGGAGCCCCAGGACCCAUGGGGCCCAAAGGACCACCGGGUCAUAAAGGAGAAUUCGGCCUCCCUGGACGACCUGGUCGCCCUGGACUGAAUGGCCUCAAGGGCGCCAAAGGAGAUCGAGGGAUCAUGAUGCCGGGCCCACCCGGCUUGCCUGGUCCUCCAGGUCCCCCCGGCCCACCUGGAGCUGUGGUUAACAUCAAAGGAGCUGUUUUCCCAAUACCUGUCCGGCCACAUUGCAAAAUGCCGGUUGGCACAACCACUCAUCCCGGCAAUCCAGAACUCAUCACUUUUCAUGGUGUUAAAGGAGAGAAAGGAUCCUGGGGUCUUCCCGGCUCAAAAGGAGAAAAAGGCGACCAGGGGGCACAGGGACCACCAGGCCCCCCAGUUGACCCAAUUUACCUGAGACAUUUUCUGAACAGUUUGAAGGGGGAGAAUGGAGACAGAGGGUUCAAAGGAGAGAAAGGAGAAACUAACGGCAACUUCUUUAUGUCGGGGCCUCCAGGCUUACCUGGAAAUCCAGGCGUGGUGGGCCAGAAAGGGGAGACUAUCAUUGGGCCCCAAGGACCCCCUGGUAUUCCUGGCCUACCUGGCCCACCUGGCUUUGGAAGACCUGGUGCCCCUGGACCACCAGGACCCCCAGGGCCACCAGGACCUCCAGCUAUCCUGGGAGCAGCUGUGGCUCUUCCAGGCCCACCUGGCCCACCAGGACAACCAGGGCUUCCUGGAUCUCGAAACUUGGUGACAGCGUUCAGCGACAUGGGUGACAUGCUGCAGAAAGCACAUUUGGUUAUAGAAGGAACAUUCAUCUACCUGCGGGACAGCGCUGAGUUUUUUCUUCGCGUCAGAGAUGGCUGGAAAAAAUUACAGCUGGGCGAGCUGAUUCCCAUUCCUGCCGACAGCCCACCACCCCCAGCACUUGCCAGCAACCCAUAUCAGCCUCUGCCUCCACUGAACCCUAUUUCAAGUGCCAAUUACGAGAAGCCUGCCCUGCACUUGGUGGCUCUGAAUGCACCAUUUUCUGGGGACAUCCGAGCUGAUUUCCAGUGCUUCCAGCAGGCCAGGGCUGCAGGACUGCUGUCUACCUACCGAGCGUUUUUGUCUUCCCAUUUACAAGACCUCUCUACAAUUGUGAGGAAAGCAGAGAGAUACACCCUCCCGAUAGUGAACCUCAGGGGCCAAGUGCUUUUUAAUAACUGGGACGCGAUUUUUUCUGGCCACGGAGGUCAGUUCAAUACGCAUGUUCCAAUAUACUCCUUUGAUGGUCGAGACGUAAUGACGGAUCCCUCCUGGCCCCAGAAGGUCGUCUGGCACGGCUCCAGCACCCAUGGCGUCCGUCUCGUGGAUAAGUACUGUGAAGCGUGGCGAACUGCGGACAUGGCAGUCACGGGAUUUGCUUCCCCACUGAGCACAGGGAAGAUUCUGGACCAGAAAGCAUACAGCUGUGCUAAUAGGCUAAUUGUUCUGUGUAUCGAAAACAGUUUCAUGACAGACGCUAGGAAGUAAUGACCUUCCGAUGAUUCGAAAGAGUUUCCCGAUUUUUCUUAUGUGAAGAGUUGACACUGAAAUCUAAAAUGUUUAAAUGUUGUAAAUAUUACAUUUUUUAAAAAAAUUACACACUAGUCACAUCAGCAACCAAAGAAACAUACCUCAAUACACUCAAAACUGAAGACAGAAAGGACUUGGAUCAAAGACAAAAUCUGAUCCAGAUACUGGUGCUAGAUCCCGCAAGAGACCCCACGCAGUGUGAACACGUCCCAGCAUAGGGCAAGUGGAAAAUAAAGUGGGCGUGUUGCCCGCUGUGGCCCUCAGAAGGCAAUUUCUCCCUUUUCACCAUGUUGCGGAGUGUAAGAUGUCCUACAUGUUUUCUCACAAAGUCGGUGUUCAGAAACAUUACCCCCGUCUAAGUUAUACACAGAUCAGCUUCUUCAUCCUUUCACAUACAUGUGUCAUUAGCAACUGCUGCGCAUCAGAAACAGAACUGCUCAGAUGAUCCUAUUGGUGUUUUCUGUUAUGUUCAGACUUUACUGUUUAUUCCCUAAAAUACUAUGGCCCUCGUGCUUUAGGAGUUUUAUAUUUUUAUGCAAUCAUAUUGUAGUGCAACAUCCGUUUAUAGAACUCUGACUUGCUGGAAAAGUGGAAACUGCAAAUGAUCAGAAACUAGAAAAGCAAUGGCACACAAUUACUAUGUUGCCCUCGAUGUCUCCCUCAUCCCUCCCCCACCACCCCCCGAUGUUAUGACUUCUGUUUGGCAUUUCUUGAUUUAUAAAUGCGACUGGAACAAACAGGUUCCUAGGAGGAAUUUUUGGAGGAACAUAUACCUUCAUGCUGUAUUCUUUUAUUUUUUUUUUCCAUGUAAGUGAACAUAAAAACAUCUUUUCCGGGUGCUUUCUUCUGCUUGACUUUUCCCCUACUUCCUUUAUUUUCCACCACUGAAGUGGAAGGCAACCUGGGGCGGGUUCAUCGGCUUGUCACUGCUGCUUGCCAUCAGGCCAUGACCACAGAACUGAAGGGCUUUCCCAUCAUGCUCAUCUGUUCCUGCCCAUUGUCUCCCACUUGGUUGGGACAGUGAAGGGGGGACAGGAGCCCCAGCAUGGGAUUCUACCACUGUCUCAGUGCAUGACUGAGCAAGUCGCUCUGUCUCUCGAGGUUUGGAUAAGACAAGCAUUAUAUCAGUUCCCAGUUAUUAAACAUCGAACUUAU